AUGGAGCGGGAAUACAAAGAUGCCGAAGCAGCGCUCAAACUCAUCACUGAGGUUGCAAACGAACCACGCAUCGAACAUCCUAGCCGUCCGCCAUCGAUCUCCAGCACCGCCAUCCCAGAACGUCGCAACCCCAUCCUGGGGACUUUGCGUCCUCCACAAAGACCUAUUUAUGAACGAUGCACCUCCAGCCCCAUUGUUCCGAUGAUUGCCACUUGCAAGACUCCGGCUGGUCCACCUGACAUCACGGCCCGUGAGCUCAGCACGGAAGAGUUGAAGAGAAAUUACAGCUGCGACAAUGUCUGGCACUUCAAGGACCAGCCCCUUCCUCCCAUGCCGCAAAUGACGGGGUUUGGAAGGUAUCGAAGAGCGGUAAAUGCGCCCGCGCAAUGGCAACUAGACCAACUUCACCACAACAUGCAUGAUGUGGGCGCGGUGAUCGUCAACCACCUUGGAGAUUGUCCUCCGGCUGGAUUGGACCCUGAAAUGUGGCGGGAAUACCGAGCUCAUCAUUCACGCACAAGCAGUAUUGGAAGCUCUCACAGCUCCAGUUCCGGCCCUGGACAGGUGGCUGCGAUGGAAUAUUUUGAUACCGUUACUGGUACCCGUGUCAGCCGGGGUUUCUGUCCAUCCAACGCCUCCAGCGCCGCAAGCUCCCUCAGGGAGGGUUCGGGUCAUUAUCGACGAGACUCGGCCAUGUCCAAAGCCAGCAUGGCAAGUCCUGGGAACGACGCAGAUGCUAAGCACAACCGUCGCCCGAGCCGCGUAUCACCAUAUCAACACACCAGCAUGACUUCAAUGAGUCCUUUGACAGCUAUCAGCGAAACGCAAGAGGCAUGCAACAAUGCUUCCCGCAAGAUUGAAAAGGCGUGUGAAUUCCAAGAUGGUGAAAUUCCUGAAAAUGCCGUCGCUUCUGAUGAAGAUGACGAGCUGGACUGGUCUGACAUGCUGGUGGUUGGUGGUGCCGGCAAUGUCAGUAAUCUUACUAAAAGAUUGGAGCGGAAUUCGUCCUCAAAAGCUGUACCCAGUGCAAAAUUGACUCUGACAAGGCAGCGUACCAACUCUCAAGAAAGACUAAAAUCUCAUGCUCCCAAAAGAGCAGGACCUGAGCGAUCCAAAACAAUCAAGGCUGUGACUCGUCCUACUCAACGUCGUGUCCAGCUGCAAAGAAAACAGUCAGCUACCGGAGAAGCUGUACACACCGUGGUCGCCCUGCAGACUGAAAGGGAGACCAAACGGCAGCUAGCAAAGGCCAAAGGGUCCAGCAUUUUGAGGCCGCGAGGCGAUCAGGGAGGGCUGCCAGAUGGAAAACAAUGGUCAGAAGAAAAGACCGAUUCGGCUGUACCACAGCAGACAAUGGAAGAAAUCAAGCACGAUCACCACAUCAGCGUCACUCCAUCUCCGACCCAGGUGGCUGAGUAUGGUGUGUUGCUGCAACAAUCAGACACAUCAGAUGACACCCUGUUUGCCGGGGAUACGAGCGAGACGAAAGAGCUCCCGUUGCGGGGCAAGAGAGAAAGAUCUCGCACCGUUUGCAGAAUACCGCCUUCUGGAUCUCCAUCGCCAGUGGCGCAGAUGAAUGGUGAUGAGACCAUGAAGAAAUGA